AUGGCUUCUUCCUUCGAGAUGAAUGACCUCAAAAAGAUUGGACUAGGCUUGACUGGAUUUGGUGUGUUCUUUACAUUUCUUGGAGUGAUAUUUGUGUUUGAUAAGGGACUCAUCGCCAUGGGGAAUAUCCUCUUCUUAGCUGGUGUGACUCUAACCAUUGGAAUCAACCCAGCAAUCCAAUUCUUUACAAAACGGCAGAACUUUAAGGGAACGAUAUCAUUUGGAUUGGGUUUCUUGUUGGUUGUGUUUGGAUGGCCGAUUUUCGGUUUGCUUCUCGAAUCAUACGGGUUCCUGGUGCUCUUCAGUGGUUUCUGGCCUACACUUGCCGUUUUCCUUCAAAGGAUACCUUUAUUGGGCUGGCUUUUGCAGCAACCAUACAUCCGAUCGUUGCUGGAUCGCUACCGUGGAAGGCGUGUUCCUGUCUAA